UCUCCCUUCAAGCAACCAAGCAACAACAACACCAAAAAAAACUCUCUCUCUCUCUCUCCCUCUUUUAUCGCUAUUUAUCACUCUCUCUCUCUCACACACACACGCAACUUCACUCUACACUGCAAAAUCUUGCUGUUUAUAUUCUCCAUCUCCAAUGGAAAUUUCAAUUUAGAGCAAGAUAAGAAGAUUAGGAUUAGAAGAGAAAAGAGAGAGAUGAUGAAACAGAACACUUAUUCUUCCAUGUUAACACCUAGAGAGAUUGAAGUUCUUGAAAUACUUGCUGAACUUCCAACUCUAAUCUUGAAAUCGGAGAGCAGCCGUGGGUUCCCAUUCACGUGGGGCCGCAAGAGGAGGAGAUCUGCCAUUCGCGUUGCUCCAUCACCGUCGUCUCCUCCGCCGCUCAAAGCAGAGGCUUCUAGUCCUGCAACCCCUUUAUCAUUCUCCCCAAGUGAGUCUGAAGAUAAGCACACACUCUUCAGAAGAAACGUCUCACUCAAAAGGAAGAGAGAACAUUAUCUUAAGAUUACAGAAGAGCUGACCAAAGACAACAAUUUGCUCCAUGGAGAGAUAAAGAAUGUUAAGCGUUACUUGGAGAAGCUGAAGGACUACAAUUUGAAGUUGAAAGCAAGAGAAAAAGAGCUAAGACUUGGUCCAAAUCAAAAUCAAAAUCAAAAUCAAAAUCAAAAUGGUCUCCUACAUGAGAAACCGCAGGUGCAAUUCUGCGGCACGGCACAGCAUCUACCGUUGAUCAUGAAUCAGACCACUGGGCCAACCCAAAUCAGUGGCGGCGAGGAGUUUCGGAUUGUGGAAGCAUGUGAGACAGCAACGACGUCGUUGGGAGUGCGAGCCUCAACCUCAAGUAUGAGUGCAUUGGGCAUGGCCAAUACUAAUAACAAUGCAAUGGGCCCAAUUGGAAUUCCUGAUCUGAACGUACCAGUAGAUGAGUCAACGGGAAUGGGAAUGGGAAUGGAGUGUAGUGAAAUAGUGGAUUUGAAUGUGAGAAUGGCUAACAAGGAUCUGAGUAGGGCCAUGGCAGCUCUGGCGAGGCAGAAUAGGCUUCAGAUUUACAGGAUCAAGAAUCCAAUUGCAAAUAGUAAAACCCGUUACUCUUUUAGAUGAUAUAUUAUGAUCAUUAUUAUUAUAUACGUACGUAUGCUUCUUCCUUUUCCUUUUUCUCAAUUGUAUUUUUGUUUUUGGCUCUUCUUUUUUAAGCUCUUAUCUUCAAUAUGGUUACUGCUGAUUCUAAACAAACAAAAAUUUGGACGGGUACUUAAUGGGUGUUACGGAGAGUGUACUCAAUAGGGAGGCCUUAGUGGAGAGUUUGUCGCAUUUAUGUACCAUAAAUCAUGAUAAUAUCUUUUCUGAUUCCGAGUUUUUAGGUAAUUUAAAAAACUCGAAUUAGGGUAUAUUUGCAUCAUUAUUCACUAAUAAA